AUGGAUUCAAUUCUCUGUCAAACACUUCUUUUCUCUUUGCUGUUUCUAGCGUAUGGAGCGGACAAAGUGUUAGCGCAAAAUACGAAUGUCACUUGUCUCCCCAGCUUUAACUGGGCGUUGAAUAGUGCCAAUGGUCGCUUUCAUGCAGCUGUAAUGAUUAUCAGAGAAAACCCGUGUAAGGUUGCGUCAGAACUCCAAGCAGUGUGUGGCGGGGGAUGGGAUGUGACGUCCCUCCCGCCGGACUAUCACUAUAUUGACAACCAAGGUCCGGUGAAGGGUAGUGAGACAAAUGGCCCAAACUAUUGCACUUGCACCUCCAUUGUGUACGAGCUAAUGUCGGCGUGUGGGGCAUGUCAGAACCGGACAUUCAUAUCGUAUCCGGCUUGGACGAUUGACUGCACCAAUAUCUCGACCAAGGAGGGUGUGUACAACCCGUCAUUGAUUCCUAGUGGCACUCUUGUGCCCCGCUGGGCUUAUCUUAAGCCUUCCAGCUACGGUGGACUAUUCAACAUAGAGAUUGCGAAGCAAAUUGGCGACGCACCCGAAAGUUCGCGGUCAUUGUCAUUGAACACGACAUCUUCCACUACCACAACCUCCACGACUUCCGCGGUGGGUGUGCCCUCGGGAACCCCAGCUCCGACAACAACACCCUUCUCCACUUCCACGGUCAGCACUCCUACGAUCGCCACUUCCACCCCCACGACUACUUCUCGAGGUGGCAGUAGAGGCAGAAGCUUGAACACCGGCGCGUUCAUGAGAGGUGUGGUUGGGGGGUUGGUUGGCCUUGCUCUGAUCCCAGUUAUGUGA